AUGAAGGAAAUUGUGCAUUUGUAUUUAGAGGUGUUUCAGGGAUUGGUCGAACAGACAGAAGCGGUUGAGAAAGUUGUACCAUAUAAUGUUGAAAACAUUGUAUCUGAUAAUGUUGAAGAGUGUCGAGAAGAAGAAACUGUGGCAGUGAAUACGGUUGAAGAAAAAAAUUUAUAUGAGUUUGGAAGACUGACUGACAAAACUUUGUCAGACGGUGAAGAGUCAAAUGAAGGAUGGUCAGAAGAUGAGUACACACACGGGAAAAAAGCUUCAGACAUAUUUUACAGUAUGCCUCCAACACCUGAUUGUCCUGAUCCUAUUGUUGAACCCGGACCAUUUCACAGUUUAGAUCCAAAUGAUGAUAUUUGGCGUUUAUAUGCAAAACGCCUUGAUCCCACUGAUGAAUUUGAAAUCAGGACUUUCAAUAACGUGCACACAUGUUCGUCAUUACAGAUACACCCUAAUCAUAAGCAUGAUAAUAAAAAAGUGAUGGGUACUAUAUUGCAUGAGAUUAUGGGAAAAACUCGUUCCAAGGUUGGGAGGUCUAAUGAAAUAUCAAGGAAUUUGAAUGCUUUGCUGGAAAUCAAUGUAGAUUACAAACAAGCUUGGCAUGCAAAACAAUAUGCUAUGGAACUGUUGUUGGGAUCAUCUGAAGAAUGUUUUUCCAAACUUCCUAUUUAUUUUCACAAUUUGAAGAGUAACUAUGGAUGGGAACAACCAGAUACUGCCCCUUGGUCAUGGAAUAUUCAAAAAAAGAGUGGUCUUACUUGGACAUGGUUUCUUGAAAAGUUGUAUGAAUGUGUUGGUGAUUGUCAAGAAUUGACUUUUGUAACUGAUAGGGCCGAUGCAAUUCGGGUUAGUAUUGAAAAUGUUUUCCCUCAUGCUCAUCAUGGCUUGUGUGCUUUUCAUCUACUAGGAAACAUAGUACAUAGGUUUGGGAAAAAUGAUAAAACAAAAGUGUUGUUUCGGAGGCUUGUGAAAGCUUACAAAAGAAAUGUUUUUGAAGAAUUGUGGUAUAUAUUUAGUUCUACUAGGCCGCAAGUAGCAGCGUAUCUAAGUGAAAUUCCCAUUGCUAAAUGGACUAGAUCAUAUUCGCUAUCGAAACGGUAUGAUUACAUGACCUCGAACAGUGUAGAGUCCAUGAAUGCUUUAUCUGUAGAUGCAAGGAAGAUGCCUAUAAUACCCCUUCUUGAGUUCUUCCGUCGUCUUUCAGAGGAAUGGUGUAACAAGCGUCGCAUUGAAGGAGGGAAACGUUCAACAAUGCUAACCGAGUGGGCUGAAAAAGUAGUUAGUAAAAAUGAAGAGCAUACGACAAGAUGGUCCGUUUCUGGUGUAUCAGAUGCAAUAUAUCAAGUUCAUGAUUUCAAACCUGGUGGCAUAGUUGAUCUGAGGCAAGAGACUUGUACAUGCAAAUAUUGGGAAGGAACUGGGUUGCCUUGUGGUCAUGUCAUAAUGGUCUUGAAGCACUUGAAAAAAACUAACUUUGGACAUCUGACUAUAGAUGCUUACAAAAUGGAAACGUACCGAAGUACGUAUGAGGAGCCGGUUUACCCCCUUCCAGAACCGUGUGAUUGGGAGAUUCCUGCUGAGAUGAUGGCUGUUAAACCCCCGAUAAUGGAUACAUGUUAA